UGUGUGUGUGUGUGUUAGGUUGGUAUAAAAGCUGUGGUACUGCUCGAUAACACAUACAUCCUCAGACUGAGCUCGGACCAACAGUCAGGAUGCAUGUAGACCUGCUGUGGCUGACGGCUGUGCUUCUAUCUUUCCCGGUGCUUACACUAUGUGAUCCGCUUAACGUGUUGGUGGCCCCGAACCUGCUGCGCGUGGGGACCCCUGAGAAAGUGUUUGUGGAAGUGCAGGAUAAUAAAGGAGGUAACAUCACAGUGAAGAUCAGUGUGAAGAACCACCCAAAGAAAACUUCAGAACUGACAUCUCAAUCAGUCGUCCUCACUGCUGAUAAAAACUACCAGGCAACUGUAGACAUAACGAUUCCUGACAAUAAAGACUUCUUUAGUGAAGACCCACUGGAGAAGCAGUAUGUGUAUCUGCAGGCUGAGUUUCCUUCCAAAGUGCUCGAGAAAGUGGUCUUAGUAUCGUUUCAGUCUGGAUACAUGUUCAUUCAGACAGACAAGAGCAUCUACACACCUGGAACAACAGUUCUUUACAGAAUCUUCUCACUGACUCCUGAUCUGCAGCCUGUUGACAAGAGUGGAGGAAUCUAUGUGGAAAUCAUAAAUCCUCAAGGAAUCACAAUUAACAGGGAUACAAUCUUUCCAAAAGAAGGGAUCAUAAAAGGGUCAUACAGCAUCCCUGAAGUUGCAAAAUCUGGAAUAUGGACUGUAGCAACACGGUACAAAAACACCCCACAGAAGAACUUCACUGCUGAAUUUGAAGUUAAAGAAUAUGUGCUACCGAGUUUCGAGGUAAUAUUAAAACCAUCAACACCUUUUUUCUACGUGGAUGAUAAGGAUCUUACCGUUGAUAUAACUGCCAAGUACCUGUUUGGAAAAGAAGUGAAUGGUGUUGCAUUUGUGGUGUUUGGCGUUAAGAGCGAAGACACUAAAACCGUUCUACCUGCCUCUUUAACCAGAGUACAGAUCAUUAAUGGAGAGGGUCGUGCUGAGCUCACAAAAGAGAUGAUCCUUCGCUCCUUCCCUGAUAUUAAUAAACUGGUCGGAAGCUUUUUGUACAUUUCUGUCAGUGUUAUAACUGAGACUGGUAGUGAAAUUGUUGAAACAGAGAAGGGGGGCAUUCAAAUUGUGACAUCACCCUACACCAUCCAGUUCAAGAGAACACCAAAAUUCUACCAUCCAGGAAUGUCUUUCGAUGUCACAGUUUAUGUGACCAAUCCGGACCAGUCACCUGCUGAAAAUGUGGACGUACUGAUCCAGCCUGGUAACGUUAAGUCUCGAACCAAGAGUAACGGCAUGGCUAAGGCCAUUCUGAACACGCAGGGAGGAGAUAGGCCACUACAUAUCACUGCAAGAACUGCAGCCGAAGGUAUACCAAAUGAAAGACAAGCUGAAAACAAGAUGACUGCCCAACCUUACGCCACCAAAGGAGGCUCUGGCAAUUACUUACAUUUAAGUGUAGAUGCUGCAGAACUGAAAAUCGGUGAUCAGUUGAACAUCAAUGCAAACUUCAAAACUGCUGUCCCCGAUCAAGAUGUAACUUAUCUGGUCCUUAGUAAAGGACAGAUUGUACAAGGAUACAAGUUUCUAAGACGUGGACACCAGGCAGUUACUUGGUCUCUACCGGUCACCAAGGACCUGGUUCCCUCAUUUCGAGUGGUUGCGUAUUACCAUGUAGGAUCAUCAGAAGUUGUGUCUGACUCCAUCUGGGUCGAUGUGCAGGACACAUGCAUGGGAACGCUAAAACUUGAUGUAAAGGAGAGUUUAAAUGUCAAGAAGUCAUUUGAGCCUGGUGAUGGCUUUCAUCUAAUAGUUACUGGAGAUCCAAAUGCCAAGGUUGGUCUGGUAGCUGUGGAUAAAGCUGUAUUUGUCCUCAACAAGAACAGACUCACACAGACUAAGAUCUGGGACAUUAUUGAGAAGCAUGACACUGGCUGUACAGCAGGCAGUGGUAAAGACAGUAUGGGGGUUUUCUAUGAUGCAGGUCUACUGUUUGACUCUGAUAAAGUAGGAGGCACCAAUGAAAGAACAGCUCCCGAGUGUCCUACCCCACUGAAGAGAAAACGGAGAGCAGAGACUCUACUCCAGGUUACCCAAACACUGAUGUCUAAAUACAACACUGAAGAGAAGAAAUGCUGUGCAGACGGACUGAGGAAGAACAGGCUGGGCUAUACAUGUGAACAGAGAGCGUCAUUCAUUUUGGAUGGUGAAGAGUGUGUCAAGCCCUUCUUGCACUGCUGUAACGAGAUCCAAAAUCGCAAAGAUGAUGAUCAGAAAGACUUGUUGCUUUUGGCUCGCAGUGAAGAUGAUGAUGAUGAUUUUAUAAGCUCUGAAGAAAUUGUCACCCGAACGCAGUUCCCAGAGAGCUGGAUGUGGGAGGACAUAGAACUUCCGGCCUGCCAAAGAAACGUACCAUGUCGUACAACAAGCAGCACCUUGGGCAAAACCUAUCUAAAAGACUCUAUUACUACCUGGCAAAUCCUAGCCAUCAGUCUGUCUAAGACCCAUGGCAUCUGUGUAGCUGAUCCCUAUGAAAUAACAGUGGAAAAGGAUUUCUUUGUGGAUCUCAAGUUACCUUACUCAGCAGUCCGCAAUGAACAACUAGAAGUCAAGGCUAUUUUACAUAAUUUCUCCAAUAAGAAUCAAAAGGUGCGAGUGGAUUUCUUUGAGACAGAGCAUAUUUGUAGCGCGGCCAGUAAAAAGAAGAAAUACCGUACAAUAGUUAAUGUUGAAGCCGAGUCCACCAUUUCCAUCCCUUAUGUGAUUAUUCCCAUGGAACUGGGGGAACAUCACAUAGAGGUGCAGGCUGCUAGUUCAUCACUUCAUGAUGGAGUACGAAAAACGCUGAAGGUGGUGUCGGAAGGUGUGCUAACUGAACUCCCAGAAAAAAAUUUGGAAUUAAAUCCCUCUAAAGUAGCUGGUGGCGUUCAAGUUGUGCAUUUGAGGACUGAGGUACCACCCGGGCAGGUUCCAAACACUCCUGCACACACUUACAUCACGGUGGCUGGUCAGGAGGUGAGUCAAACAAUUGAACAGGCCAUCAGUGGAGAUUUUAUGGGGCGCUUGAUCGUACAACCCCAUGGCUGCGGAGAGCAAAAUAUGAUCUUUAUGACGUUGCCUCUAAUUGCCACACACUAUUUAGAUAACACCAACCAGUGGGAAAAAGUUGGCAUGCAACGACGUAUUGAGGCUAUCAAGCACAUCCAGACAGGAUAUGAAAGAGAACUUACAUUCCGUAAAACUGAUGGUUCUUAUGCUGCAUAUAUAGAAAUACCUAGCAGCACAUGGUUGACAGCAUACGUGGCCAAAGUCUUUGCUCUGGCUAGUGACCUAAUCACGAUAAAUGAAGAUAUUGUUUGCAGUGCUCUCAAGUGGUUAAUUCUGAAAUCACAGAUGCCAGAUGGCAUAUUCAUAGAAAAUGCCCCAGUCUUGAGUGCAGCGAUGGUUGGUGGUGUACGAGGUAAAGAUGCUGAUGCAUCUCUGACAGCAUUUGUCUUGAUUGCCCUGCAAGAAGGAAAACAUCUUUGUGCUAAAUCAGUUGGAAGUCUUCAAGAGUCUACCAGGAAGGCCACUGAGUAUCUGGAAAAAAAACUCCCCUCUUUGACCAAUCCGUAUGCAGUUGCAAUGUCUUCAUAUGCCUUGGUCAAUGCUGGCAAGUUUAACAAACAGCAUCUGCUGCAGUUUUCCUCUGAAGACGGUGCUUACUGGAAAGUUCCUGAAGGACAUCACUUCUCCCUGGAGGCAACAGCGUAUGCUGUGCUGGCUCUGGUAAGGGCAAAGGAGUUUGAUGCAGCAGGAAAAGCUGUUCAUUGGCUUAAUAGGCAGAGCAGUCCUUACGGGGGUCAUGGCACCACACAGGCAACCAUAAUAGUGUUCCAAGCAGUGGCUGAGUACUAUAAACAAGUAAGAAGUCGACAGAAUGCAGACCUUGAUGUGGAAGUGAGCGUGAGUGGACGAAGUCGUUCCAUCAAAUGGAUAUUCAACAAGGACAACUCACCACUUACACGCUCAGACAAGGUUCAGCUCAAGCAAGAGUUUAAUGUUACUGCUAAGGGAACUGGUGCUGGAGUUCUCAAAGUAACAACACUUUACUAUGCUAGACCCAUAGAAAAGAAGAGCGACUGCAAAAAGUUUGAUCUUUCUGUUGAAAUAAAAAAAGAAGCAAAGGUAUCAUAUGCAGGUGCUGAAGAAAGUUACGAGGUCACCAUUAACGUUCUAUUUAAGGAUCCAGAAAGAGAUGCCACUAUGAGUAUUUUGGAUAUCGGCUUGCUGACAGGAUUUGUGGUGGAUGAAAAUGAUCUUCAAGACCUAACCAUUGGAAGGGACAAAUACAUACAGAAGUUUGAGAUGGACAAACAGCUUUCAGAACGAGGCUCCCUCAUCAUGUAUUUAAAUAAGGUAUCACACUCUUUCCCAGAAAAUAUUGUAUUCAGAGUGCACAAGAUAAAUAAGGCUGCUUUGCUUCAACCGGCUGCUGUCAGUGUGUAUGAUUACUACUCUCCAGGUAAAAAAAUGAAAAAUAAACACAUAAACCCACACAAAGGCAUGUGCAAACACAGGCACACACACACAAAAACCCUUGUGUUGUUUGUAGGGGAACGCUGUAUGAAGUUCUACCAUCCUACAAAGAAAGAUGGAGCCCUGAACAGAUUGUGCAUUGACCAGAAAGAUCUGUGCCAGUGUGCUGAAGAAAACUGCAGUGUCCAGAAAAAACAAAAAAUUGGUGAGCAAGAGCGAGAGAACAAAGCUUGUGAAGCUGGCAUGGAUUACGCUUAUAAAGUGAAAUUAAUUAAAGUGGACCAAAACCCAAACACAGAUUAUUAUGAAAUGAAGAUUGAAGAGGUCCUGAAAGAAGGUACUGACCAUGAUGUACUUGACAAAAUAAGGACAUUCAUGGGUCAUGCUAAUUGCAGAGAGUCUUUUGGAUUUGUGGAAGGCAAGAGUUACCUCAUCAUGGGCCACAGUGCUGACCUACCAAGGAUAGAGGGAAAGCUGCAGUACAUCCUGGGUGAGCAGACUUGGAUUGAAUACUGGCCCACAAGCGAGGAAGGUCAAACUCGUCAGUACAAAGAAACUUACAUCGGCAUUGGCGCACUGUCUCAAAUGCUUAAGGACUUUGGAUGCACUACAUAAAUAUAUGUUGUUUUUUCUCUAUACAACUAAAAAAAUUCUUUUCUGUUUCUGUGAUGGAGAAUUUACUAACAUUACUCACCUAAGCAACUAUUCACCUUAGCAUUCAUCCUAAAAUGUAAAAACCUGUGAUAUCUUAAUAAAUAAAUAAAUAAAUAAAUAAAUAAAUAGACAAAAACUGACCAAAUCAGUUAACAAUUUUUAAAAUCUGUUAAAAAAAAAACAUUGAAUUAACCCUGUGUAGGUCAUGUGUACAAGAAUUUACAUUUAUUUUAUUAAAUAAAUUAGAGGUUUUAUUAAAAUAAGAGUCAUGCUCAUAUUAGUCAAAGCAGUCAACAGUUUCCAUUUAAAUUGCUUAUUUAGUUUUUAAAAAAAUGUUUUUGAUUUGUUUAAUAUGACAAUACACUAUAAAGGGUAUUAUUUAUCUUAAUAUAAAUCAAAUAUAUUUAAUAAAAUAAAAAUUAUCUUAAUAUAAAUAUAAUUAAUAAAUAUAAUAAAAUAAAUAUAAUAUAAUAAAACACACACACACACACACACACACACACAAUUAUACAAAUCAAAACCAGACAUUCUUAAAAGAAAAUAAACAAGCAGACAAGGCUGCUAAUACAUAUUAAGCUGUAGCAGUUUUUUCCCAAAACAUAUUUAGCCUAGGAAUAUUGAAAAGAUGUACAAGGUGGUCACGUUUUUCCAAGAAAAAACUUUGACGUCUAUCUAAAAGAAUUUUAUGGGCGAAUUAUAAUGUUGAAAAAAUAAAAUUAAAAUAAAACUUAAUUUCCUUGC